AUGGCGGGCAUGUGCAGGAGCCCAUUUUGCUCCAAGGAAGCUUCAACGUCAUGUGGAUGGGAGGAAAUAUUCAACACCUCCACUUGCACGAAUCAUAUCCUGGCGAUUGGCAUCGCUGCUCUAAUCGUCAUCGUUCUUGCAAUCCAGCUGCUCGUCAGGAUUGCAAAGAGCAGACAAUAUGCGCGCCAGCUCGUCGCGCUCACUUCGCCACUGCAGUUGGCUGCUGUAGUGUUCAAUGGCUGCUUGGGUCUCAUUUAUCUUGGCCUUGCAUUGUGGAUGCUGGGGACCAACUUCAGCCAGCAUGCUUCUGUCUACCUUCCACAUCGGUGGUUGGUGAACUUGUCUCAGGGACUCAGUUUGAUCCUUAUCAGCUUUGCUUUCAGCAUCAGAACACAGUUCCUUGGAGCAGCAUUUUACCGGGUUUGGUCAGUUCUGCUGACCACAUAUGCUGCAUUCGUUUGCUGUACCUCAGUUGUUUACAUGAUUGCAGAUAAGGUACUAGGCAUGAAGGCUUGUUUGGAUGUUCUAUCCUUACCAGGUGCACUACUGCUCCUUGUUGUUUAUGGGAUUUGGCACGUCAGGGAAGAUGGUAAUGGAGGAGUUGAAAGUGCUUUAUAUAAGCCUCUGAACAUUGAGACUCACGGUGAUAUGGCUGACUCUCAGAGUCAUGUAACCCCGUUUGCUCAAGCCGGGAUUUUCAGCGUGAUGACAUUUUGGUGGCUAAAUCCUAUGAUGAAGAUGGGUUAUGAGAAGCCUCUUGAGGACAAAGACAUGCCGCUUUUAGGUCCGUCAGAUCGAGCAUAUAGCCAGUACUUGAUGUUUUUGGAGAAUCUGAACAGGAAGAAGCAGUUGCAGGCAUAUGGCAAUCCGUCGGUCUUUUGGACUAUCGUUUAUUGUCACAAAAGUGCAAUCUUGGUCUCAGGUUUCUUUGCAUUGCUCAAAGUGGUUACAUUGUCUUCAGGUCCAGUGAUUUUGAAAGCAUUCAUCAACGUUUCACUUGGGAAAGGGUCCUUUAAAUACGAAGCCUAUAUUCUAACUGCAGCAAUGUUUGUUAUUAAAUGCUUUGAAUCUUUGUCACAGAGGCAGUGGUAUUUCCGUACUCGGAGGUUAGGACUCCAAGUGAGGUCAUUCCUAUCGGCUGCCAUCUAUAAGAAACAACAGAAGCUAUCCAGCUCUUCAAAACUGAAGCAUUCUUCUGGAGAGAUCAUAAACUAUGUCACUGUUGACGCCUACCGGAUUGGUGAGUUCCCAUACUGGUUCCAUCAGACAUGGACAACAAGUGUCCAACUUUGCAUUGCUCUAGGGAUUCUGUAUAAUGCAGUUGGUCUUGCUAUGAUUUCAUCUCUGGUUGUCAUCAUUCUCACUGUAAUCUGCAAUGCUCCUCUAGCCAAGUUGCAACACAAAUUUCAGAGUAAACUUAUGGAAGCACAAGAUGUGAGACUGAAGGCGAUGUCAGAGUCCUUAAUUCACAUGAAGGUCUUGAAACUUUAUGCAUGGGAGACUCAUUUCAAGAAGGUCAUUGAGGGGUUAAGGGAGACUGAAAUCAAGUGGUUGUCAGCAUUCCAGCUUAGGAAAUCAUACAACAGUUUCCUGUUCUGGACAUCACCUGUUUUAGUUUCGUCUGCAACCUUCCUAACAUGCUAUCUUUUGAAAAUUCCUCUUGAUGCUAGCAACGUAUUCACAUUUGUGGCCACUCUGCGCCUUGUUCAAGAUCCAAUUAGGCAGAUACCAGAUGUAAUUGGAGUCGUUAUACAAGCUAAAGUUGCUUUCUCUAGGAUAACAAAGUUUCUUGAUGCGCCUGAGCUGAAUGGACAGGUUAGGAAGAAAUACUGUGUGGGCAAUGAAUAUCCUAUAGUGAUGAACUCUUGCAGUUUCUCAUGGGAUGAGAACCCAUCAAAACCAACUCUGAAGAAUAUAAAUUUGGUAGUCAAAGCUGGAGAGAAGGUUGCAAUCUGUGGCGAGGUAGGAUCGGGAAAGUCAACACUUUUGGCUGCAGUUCUUGGAGAGGUUCCUAAAACUGAAGGCAUGAUCCAAGUUUGUGGGAAAAUAGCAUAUGUUUCUCAAAAUGCAUGGAUCCAAACAGGAACCGUGCAAGACAAUAUUCUCUUUGGGUCUUCGAUGGACAGGCAAAGAUACCAAGAAACACUUGAGAGGUGUUCUUUAGUAAAAGAUCUUGAAAUGUUGCCAUAUGGAGACAAUACUCAAAUCGGGGAGAGGGGUGUAAAUCUUAGCGGUGGUCAGAAGCAGCGUGUUCAGCUUGCUCGUGCAUUAUACCAAAAUGCAGACAUUUAUCUUCUUGAUGACCCUUUCAGCGCUGUUGAUGCUCACACAGCUACUAGUCUUUUUAAUGAAUAUGUCAUGGGAGCUCUGUCAGAUAAGACUGUCCUUUUGGUGACCCACCAAGUCGAUUUUUUGCCUGUAUUUGAUUCUGUUCUGUUAAUGUCAGAUGGCAAAAUUAUUCAUUCUGCACCUUAUCAAGAUUUAUUGGCAUAUUGUCAAGAAUUUCAGAACCUUGUAAAUGCCCAUAAAGACACUAUCGGUGUUUCAGAUCUUAACAGAGCCGGCCCCCACAGAACAAAUGAAAUAUUGAUCAAGGGAUCGAUUGAUAUUCGUGGAACCCUAUACAAAGAGUCUUUGAAGCCAUCACCAGCAGAUCAGCUGAUCAAGACAGAGGAAAGAGAAAUGGGUGAUACUGGUCUCAAGCCUUAUAUCCUUUACUUGCGUCAGAAUAAAGGCUACUUCAAUGCCUCUCUGGGUGUUCUUUGCCAUAUAAUUUUCUUAUCUGGCCAAAUAUCACAGAAUUCAUGGAUGGCUGCUAAUGUCCAGAAUCCUGAUGUUAGUACACUUAAGUUGAUUUCUGUGUACAUUGCAAUUGGAAUCUUCACAGUGUUCUUCUUGCUAUUUAGAUCGUUAGCACUUGUCGCUCUUGGGGUCCAGACAUCAAGAUCUUUAUUUUCCCAGUUACUCAACUCAUUGUUCCGUGCACCAAUGUCCUUUUUUGAUUCUACUCCUCUUGGAAGGGUACUUAGCCGGGUAUCUUCAGAUUUGAGUAUUGUUGACCUUGAUGUUCCAUUUGGAUUGAUGUUUGCUGCUGGUGCCAGCUUAAACGCAUAUAGCAAUCUGGGGUUGCAGAGGUACUAUUUAGCCUCAGCUAAGGAAUUGAUGAGGAUCAAUGGCACUACCAAAUCAGCUCUGGCUAAUCACUUGGGCGAGUCAGUUGCAGGGGCUAUAACAAUAAGGGCUUUUGAGGAAGAAGAUCGUUUCUUUGAGAAAAUUUGGAACUUAUUGACAAGAAUGCUGUGCCAGCUAUCAAAUCAAAUAAUCUCUGUGGAAAGGGUGAACCAGUACAUGGACAUACCAAGUGAAGCAGCAGAGAUUAUUGAAGAAAAUCGACCAUCACCAAACUGGCCGCAAGUUGGUAGGGUGGAUCUUAGAGAUUUGAAGAUCAGAUACAGGCAAGAUGCUCCUCUUGUACUACAUGGAAUCACAUGCACUUUCGAAGGUGGAGAUAAGAUCGGUAUAGUUGGCCGGACAGGAAGUGGAAAGACAACUUUAAUUGGUGCAUUGUUUCGUCUUGUUGAGCCAACUGGAGGGAAAAUAAUUAUAGACUCUGUAGAUAUCACUACAAUUGGCUUACAUGACCUGCGUUCACGUUUGGGUAUCAUUCCGCAAGAUCCGACACUCUUUCAGGGAACCAUAAGAUAUAAUCUAGAUCCUCUUGGGCAAUUUUCGGAUCAACAAAUAUGGGAGGUUCUUGACAAAUGUCAGCUUCUUGAAGCUGUCCAGGAGAAGGAACAGGGGUUGGACUCACUUGUUGUGGAGGAUGGUUCGAACUGGAGCAUGGGUCAAAGGCAGCUCUUCUGUUUGGGACGUGCACUUCUAAGAAGAUGUCGUAUCUUAGUUCUCGAUGAGGCCACGGCAUCUAUAGACAAUGCUACUGAUGCUAUCCUUCAGAAAACAAUCAGGACAGAAUUUAGAGAUUGCACUGUGAUCACUGUCGCACACCGUAUACCCACUGUUAUGGACUGCAGUAUGGUACUUGCAAUGAGUGACGGGAAAGUAGUGGAGUAUGACAAGCCUACGAAGCUCAUGGAAACCGAAGGAUCUCUCUUCCGUGAACUCGUCAAAGAGUACUGGUCAUACACAUCGAAUGGAAAUAUUUAG